GACUGGUCCCGGCUAGCGACACCACACAGCCACCAUCAACGAGCGGCAACAGCGAGAGGCAACAGCGAGAGGUAACAGGGAGAGGCCUCCGCAGCGAGAGGCGACAGAGAGCGGCAUCGGCAAGCUGCCUCUGCUGGACCCUCCGCGAGAGAGGUUAGUCAGCUUGACGUCGCUACAGUGUUACCAUGUUCUACGCGCGUCAGCUCUUCCUCAUGUUGGUGCUGCUAGAUGUGUUGCUGUCACCUGGAUCGUCCCAAAGCUGCGUCUCAAGAGCUCUCGGUCGAAGAUUCCCGAGCGGAGCAAGAUGGACGGAGCCAGGGUGCACGCAGAUGUCCUGUCGGAGAGGGCUGGUGCAGGGUAGGGGGUGUGCUAUCGCCUCGUAUCCACCAGGAUCAGGAUGUGUGAAAGUGCAGGGAGAGCCCGACGCUGAGUAUCCCGAUUGCUGUGAUCGAGUGAAAUGCCCGCGUCCCGAUCAGUGCUUCUCGAUCCGACUCAACAAAACCUUCGACGAUGGUGAAGAAUGGACUGAGAGACCGUGUGCGCUGUAUACGUGCAAGCGAGGGACCAGUGAGGGCCAGGGGUGCCCGAUGUACCACGUCCGUCCCGGGUGUAAGACAGAGAAAGGUACACCGGGGACCGCCUACCCACAGUGCUGCGAUAAACAGUCCUGCCCUGCGCCAGAUCAGUGCUACUCGCAACGUCUCGACAAGGUCUUCGACAACGGGGAGGAGUGGACUGAACCUCCCUGCCAGCUGUACAAGUGCAACAACGGGUACGCGGAGGGAAUUCAGUGCCCCAUCUACCAAUACAGCCGCUGUGUGAGAAAAGAGGGAACUCCUGGAGCGAAAUACCCCAACUGCUGUGCUGCCAUCUCUUGUCCAAAACCCGACCAAUGCUACUCAGAUCGUCUCAAGAAGAUAUUCAACAACAACCAAACAUGGACGGAGCCGUCGUGUGGAAGAUUCCGCUGUCACAAUGGACGAACUGAGGUCACCAGUUGUCCUGACCUCACCAUAGGUCGGGGGUGCGUCAAACUGGAUGGCUCCCCCGACGCACCCUAUCCGGCCUGCUGCCCGACCGUGUCUUGUCCCCGGACAGACCAAUGUCACUCAGACCGUCUCGGUAAGACCUACGACUCGGGUCAAACCUGGACCGAACCCCCGUGUGUGGGUUUCACGUGCGCCAACGGUACCUCCAACCAACGAGACUGCCCUGCCGUGAGGGUCACUCCAGGAUGUGUGAAAGAAUCCGGUACCACAGGAGCUCAAUUUCCAUCUUGCUGUCCUAAGGUAACCUGCCGUUCCGCUGGUCAGUGCUACUCCGCAUCUCUCCGUAAAACCUUCAACGACGGAGACACCUGGACCGAACAUCCUUGCGCAUCAUACACAUGUAACAAUGGCACCACCAAGCUGAAAACCUGCCCCGUCGCCGUACGCUGGGACGGGUGCGAGCUCGUCAAAGGAAAAGUCAACGCGUCCUUCCCCGAAUGUUGCGACAAACAGAAAUGUCCCGACAGUAGCCAGUGCUUCUCAAGAGUUCUGCGUAAAACGUUCGACGACGGGGAAAAGUGGACGGAACCACCGUGCCUGGAGAAGACCUGCAGCGGGGGCUUCAUCAACUCCAAGGAGUGUCCCUGGAGCGCAGGGUUCGGAUGCAAGAGAGAGCCGGGUACGCCGGGCGCUAAAUAUCCAAAGUGUUGUGACAAGUUUAAGUGCGACGACUUCGCCUCACUCGAUAUCUAAGCGAGUGUUCAGAGGUGUUCCUUUGUUAAAGCUAAUACAGACAAUAGA